AUGAAGAUCGAAGUGGAAAGAGACAAGUUUUUGUCUAACCUUGAAGUAUACCACCAUCUGUGCGGUGUACAGGUGAAAAACAGCUGGCUAUCGGACUCAAAGGGCACAAAAAGGCGGAAAAACACUAACCUGGCUCAGCUAGAGUCGAUAUCACGAGACUUGACCUCGUAUCUCGGAAAAGUAGGUAGCUGUCCGUCAGACCACGAGAGACUACAAAAGAACUAUGCGUGGGACUCGGACUCGUUCGUUGAAGCGUUGAAAAGGUUGAACCAGUAUCCCUUGGAGAAGAUUGAGAAGUUACAGAUUUUGAACUUUGUGCCUCGGACGAUGGUCACGUUGUACUCUCUUAUCGAGGAGUGUGAUCAGAGAUUUGACCAGGCACAGAGCGAGGAGAUUCUGGGGAUUGUGAACGAUUGUUUCCCAAUGGAAGCGGUGGAGGGCGAAGAUGAGGAGCAACAGGAUAUUACUAUGGACUGA